UCCUAGCCCACAAUAUUGACCAUUUCCGAAACUAUUCAACCUCAUAGGAAAAGAACUCAGUUGCAGAUUAAUUAACAAUAUCUUGGGCCUUUUCUUCCCUUGAAGAAACGAACCCACCUUCAGGCUUCGCUUCAGCUUCCAAAAACCACAGAAUUUUCCAUAUGGUUGUCUUUGAAAUUUUGUAGAAUACCAAAGGCUUUGUAACAGAAAAAAAAUAGAGAGUGAUUUGAAGAACCAAAUGGCCAUUGAGAGUUCUCAUGUAAAAGACCAGUCUUUAAUGGAGCUUGAAUCUGAAAAUUUUGGGUGCUCACAUUACAGGAGGAGGUGUAAGAUUAGAGCACCUUGUUGUGAUGAAAUAUUUGAUUGCAGACAUUGUCAUAAUGAAUCCAAGAACUCACUGGAAGUUGAUCCUCUUGAUCGUCAUGACAUUCCUCGACAUGAUUUGAAAAGGGUAAUAUGUUCAUUGUGUGAUACAGAACAAGAUGUUCAGCAGCAUUGCAUCCAUUGUGGAAUUUGUAUGGGAAAUUACUUUUGCUCCGUAUGUAAAUUCUUUGACGAUGAUGUUUCAAAGAAUCAAUACCAUUGCAAUGAAUGUGGGAUAUGCAGGUUAGAUACUUAUCUUUGUUCUUUUUUUCCGAUUCCAUUAUCGCCUAACAUCCAUGGAAAUAGUUUAAUAAAACAACAUACUUGUGCUGGGAAAUACAGAGUUGGAGGCAAGGAGAACUUUUUUCAUUGUAAUAAAUGUGGUUGUUGUUAUUCGACUAUGUUGAAGGAUUCACAUAGUUGUGUGGAAAAAGCUAUGCAUCACAAUUGUCCUGUUUGCUUUGAGUUCCUGUUUGAGACAAUGAAGGACAUUACUGUCUUGCCAUGUGGACAUACUAUACAUUUGGAAUGUGUGAAAGAGAUGGAACAGCAUUUCCAGUACUCGUGCCCGGUAUGCUCAAAAUCAUAUUGCGACAUGACACACGUGUGGGAAAAACUUGAUCAAGAGAUUGCUCAGACUCCCAUGCCUCAAAUGUAUCAAAACAAAAUGGUUUGGAUCCUCUGCAAUGAUUGUGGCGAGAAUUCAGAGGUACAUUUUCACAUUGUCGCGCACAAGUGCUUGAAAUGCAAAUCCUAUAAUACUCGACAAACACAAGGAGGGCCAAGCUCAUGCUCAUCAAGGUUUGAGGAAAUGGUGAGAUGAGUUUGUUUGUUGUUGGUGACAACAAAAGGUUAACUCAAACUUCAGAAACAUAAUCUUCAUUCACUCAUGACAUGGACGAGAAGAAGACAACGAUGAUGACCGAAUUCUUUGGUUAGUAAUUUACCUUGAUCAUUUGCUUCAUGUGAAGUUUUUACUUAGUCACAUCUUUUGAUAAUGUUGUUGGUGCACACUACAGCCAACAAUUCACAUGCUCAAAAUCAAAAGUUGUACUAUUUUACACUUUGGUUCUUUACUAAAAGGUGAUAUAUAAUAUAUAUGGGUUGCUAUUGUAAGGGAAAAUAGCUCUCACAAUAUUCAAUUUGCAAGCUUGUUUAUUCAAUUUUCGUGUGCAAUUAUUAGUGUCUAGUACAAGAGGGGAAAAGUGGGCACAUAACUGGGAAAAGUAGCUAUAUCUUGGAUUUGGUCGCUAAUCAUUAGUAUUGCUUUAGUUUAACUUAAGAACAUUGUUAUAAGAUAUCCUAUGAAAUGAGUUAUUAGUACAUUUUAAUAGUGGAUUCCAUUAAUUUUAAUUUAAA